GUUAAAUUGUCAAAAGGCAGCAAUGCGUAGCCUUAGACUAGCUCGAAACCAUUCAAAGUCAGAGCAUGAGAGACUCGUGUAUGAAGGAUGGAUACUGUAUGACACAGGCCACCGUGAAGAAGCCCUUGCCAAGGCUGAGGAAUCUAUUUCCAUACAAAGAUCCUUCGAAGCAUAUUUCCUCAAAGCUUACGCUCUUGCAGACUCCGCGCUUGACCCUGAGUCCUCAAAGUACGUGAUUCAGCUCCUUGAAGAAGCACUUCGUUGUCCAUCAGAUGGUCUUCGUAAGGGCCAAGCUUUGAACAACUUGGGAAGUGUGUAUGUGGACUGUGAUAAGCUGGAUCUUGCAGCUGAUUGCUACACUCACCAAGGGGGCCUACGAUGA